AUGACCAAGUCUCCUGACGAAAAACCCCUCGAGGUGCUCGACCGCACGUCUUCCUGUGCUGAAGGUCAGAUCGUCACCCAUGAUGCCCUCGUCACCCAGCGUGGCAUCAAGUCUCGCCACGCCCAGAUGAUGGCCAUCGGCGGCACCAUAGGCACAGGUCUCUUUGUGGGAGUAGGAGAGGUGCUCGCGCUGGCCGGACCAGCCAACAUCCUGCUCGCCUACAUCACCAUCUGCAUCAUUGUCUACGCCAUCAUCACCGCCACCAACGAAAUGAACACUUACCUCCCCUUCAGCGGCUGCUCAAUGGCCGCCUACGGCACCCGCUUCGUAUCUCCCAGCUUGGGCUUCGCCAUGGGCCUCCUCUACUGGUACAGCUUCGGCAUUCUCGUCGCCUACGAAACCACGGCCGGUGCUCUCGUCAUCAACUACUGGUCCAACCCCGUCCCCCUCGCCGUCUGGAUCACCCUCAUGCUUAUCGUCGUCCUCGCCCUGAACUUCUUCCCUGUCAAAGUCUACGGCGAGACCGAAUUCUGGUUUGCCUCCCUCAAAGUCUUCCUCAUCAUCGGCCUCCUCAUCCUCUCCUUCGUCCUCUUCCUCGGCGGCGGUCCCAACCACACCCGUCUAGGCUUCCACUACUGGAAAUCCCCCGGCGCCUUCAACAUCUACCUCGUCUCCGGCUCCACUGGCCGCUUCUGCGCCUUCCUCUACACUCUCUGCUACUCCGUCUUCUCCUUCAACUUCGCCCCGGAACUCCUCGUUGUCGCCGCAGGCGAAAUGCAAAACCCCCGCAAGAACCUACCCCGCGCCGCGAAACAGUACUUCUAUCGCCUUAUCAUCUUCUACAUCCUCGGCGUCCUCGCCAUUGGCGUCAUCUGCCCCAGUAAUGCCUCCGGCUUGACAAACGGCACCGGCGUCGCCGCCUCGCCCUGGGUCAUCGCCAUUAAACGCGCCGGUAUUCAUGGCCUCGACUCCGUCGUCAACGCCGUCAUCAUCACCUCCGCGUGGUCCUCCGCGAACUCGUACCUCUACAUGUCCAGUCGGACACUAUAUUCCCUCGCGCGGGCAGGCGGUGCUCCGAAGAUCUUCACCCGCUGUACCCGCCACGGCGUGCCCUACUAUGCUGUGUUGUGCAGCUCGCUGUUCUCGUUGCUAGCGUAUAUGGACUGUAGUUCUGGCGCUAGCACGGCGUUUAAUUGGUUCGUGAGUCUCACUAACACGGCGGGGUUUACGUCCUGGACGUGCUGUGGGAUUAUAUUUUUGAGGUUCCGGGCGGCGUGUAAUGCCCAGGGUUUGAAGGAUCUUCCGUAUCGGUCGAGAUUGCAGCCGUGGAUGGGGAUUAUUGCAACGAUGGCUUGUCCGAUCUUGUUGCUGUGUAAUGGGUUUGAGGUCUUCUUCCAUGGUCAUUGGAGCGUGUCGUCGUUUUUGACUUCGUAUGUUGGACUGUUUGUCUUUGUGGCGGUUUAUGCUGGACACCGGGUGAUGAGGUGGAGGGAUGGGUGGUGGAUUCCGGCUGAGAAGGUGGAUUUGGUGAGUGGAUUGGAGGAGGUGGAGGCUUUGGGGGUGGAUGGGGAUGAUGAUGGGGAGAAGAGGGGAUUUUGGAGGAAGUUGUGGGAGUAG